GCUGUGCGUUGCAAGGCUGGGCUCCAUUAGUGGGCCUACCUGGCACCAAGCCCUACCGGGGCUAUGUGCCAUGACACUUAUAUAGGUUCUCCUUCAGAUAAGCCUUGCACGCUUCGAGCUCUCCCAAGGACAUCUUGUACAAAGGUGAGUAUUUAAGGUCCUUCGGGUCGGUUCCAGGAUCCAGCUUUAUCCGGUGGUCAACGCCUGAUCGCAACGGGGGCAGUUGGUCGGAUUCCACCUUGCUGAAAACGCCCAGGAGGUCGUGAUACUCCGGAGGAACCUCCGAGCGAACACGCUGUCGCAAAGCCUCGCCGUCCUGUGGCAAAAGCUCCUCGGGGGCCAGUGUAGCCUGCGCCUCCUCAAGUCUCCGCUCCAGCAACUUGUCCAGCUCACGAAGGCUGGUGCAGUCCAGGUGGGCGCCCUUGUCCUUAGUCUUCAUCAAGCCGAUCGAACCUAUAAAGGCCAUGUCGCAAGUAUGGUCCUUAUAGCCUCGACUCCAAAUCCCUCGGCAUCCCCACCCAGGACAAGGAAGUUCAGAUCAUUCCGGGAAAACUACAGCAAACUUGACUCCUUUCCCGCCUCUUCGCCGUCCGGCCCAAGUCAGCCGGCCCAGCGGACCUCUCCCGCCCACCGAGCACCAUCCCUCGCACGCGAAAUAGCCGAAGAGCUUGUCAAGACAGGCGUCGGCCCAGGAACCUUGACCGAGCAGUCAAUACUGCUGCAGCUCUCACUCCACCCCAUCAGGGUCAUAUGCAGCGAGUGGGCCAUGUACUCGCUCCUCAUGGGCCGCUACGUGAAACUGUUCGAGUACUCGACCAAGUCCCUCCAAAAGAAGAUAUCCGACAUCACCGACAUCAACCACCCAGAGCACCCGAUCAAACUACUCAACAGCUGGCGCCGCAGGGGGCAGCUGGGCGCCGCCAGGACCAAAGCCAUCAAGUGGUUCCUCGAGCAGCACCAACCCCGCGCCGAGGACGGAAAGGACCUGAGGAAGAAGUGGGACGCGCUGACACAGGAUGUCGACCACGUGGCGCGGCAGAUCGGGGAGUACAGGGGCGUGCUGGAGGGGAUGGUGCCGACGCUGACGAUGGCGAUCCAACUCGAGGACGCCAAGCGGGCGGCCGAGGAGGCGCUGCACGUCAAGCAGCUGACGCUCGUCGCGCUCGUCUUCCUGCCGCUGUCGUACGUGUGCGGCCUCUUCAGCAUGUCCGAGUACUUCUCCGUCCAAGGGGGCCGCACCUGGCUCUACUGGGCGGCCUCCGUGCCCUUGCUCGUUUUUGUUCUGCUUCUUUCGCUGUCUUGGGUCCGUCCAAUGUGCGUUAGAAUAUGGAGGUCCACACGAAAGGUGUUUUUCGGCCCAGGCAAAAAAGAAAGGGGUAAUUAGCGUAUCUGGAAUUAUGGAAAAAUGGCCAAAAACGGCAAAAACAUAC